UAUAAAUCCAAUGCAGCAGUUCUUCCGGGUAACACACAGAGACACUUCAGCUUUUGACCUAAGGCUCCUAAAGGCUUGAAUAACUACGACUAUGUCUGGAAGAGGGAAAACCGGAGGAAAGGCCCGCGCUAAGGCCAAGACCAGAAGUUCCCGCGCCGGACUACAGUUCCCCGUCGGCCGUGUCCAUCGUCUGCUAAGGAAAGGGAACUAUGCUGAACGUGUUGGCGCCGGUGCUCCUGUAUACCUGGCUGCUGUCCUCGAAUACCUCACCGCUGAGAUUCUUGAGUUGGCUGGAAACGCCGCCAGGGACAACAAGAAAACCCGUAUAAUUCCCCGUCAUCUACAGCUGGCUGUUAGGAACGACGAGGAGUUGAACAAAUUGCUUGGCGGCGUGACCAUCGCACAGGGUGGUGUGCUCCCCAACAUCCAAGCCGUGCUGCUGCCCAAGAAAACUGGACAGGCUGCCCCAAGCUCGGGGAAGGCGGGCAAGAAGGGUGCUUCACAGUCUCAAGAGUAUUAGACGGCGUGGUCUGGACUCUGAAUCCGUAAAGGCCUGCUUGGUGCCUGGUCAUGUGUCUCGGUUUCUCGUGGCUUUUGUGUUUGUCGUGCUUUUAUAUCUAGUCUAUACAUUAAACAAUACUUUUUUAUAGAAA